GGCUCGGUUCGCAGGCGGUGUAAUCGAUACUGACCCAACUUCUCUGGGUCCAAUAUUGCAGCCGCUUCGCUUAUGGAUGGAGAUAAUGCGGGGUUCUCAGCAAGAAUUGAGUACCGCGUUUCGGCUGGAUAUAGAUGUUCAACUGCAAGACCCACCCGGAGCAACCACCACGUACACUACGAGCCAUCGGCCAAGGUACCAUUGGGAACUGGCGUAUCAGAUGUUCCCAGGCACCUCAUUGGUGCUGUUCGCAUCCUGGUAUAUUCUGGGAGGCUGAAAU